UAGAGUCAUCCAUGCAGAACCUCUGCUGAGCCAGAGAUACAGAACACUGAAUGAAACACAGUUAAGAGCAACAGGCCACUACAGACUCUGAUACACAAACUCACAAAAUACAGAGAUAUUACAGCAAACAUGGCACCAAAUUCAGUUUAUGACUUCACAGUGGAGACUCUGGAGGGAAAGGCCGUCCCGCUCAGCAUCUUCAGAGGAAAAGUUCUGCUCAUUGUGAACGUGGCGACCUUCUGAGGGUCCACCAUUGAGGAGUAUCACAGGAUGAAUGCACUCAUGAACACAUUUGGAGGCCUGCACUUCACUAUACUUGGAUUCCCCUGCAAUCAGUUUGGACUACAAGCACCUGAGGAGAACCAUGAAACUUUUGAUGUUCUGAAGUAUGUAAGACCAGGAGGAGGUUACAUCCCAAAGUUUCCCAUCUUCAGUAAGAUUGAGGUGAACGGCUGUAAUGAAGACCCUCUGUACGCCUAUCUGAAGGAAUCUCUGCCAUUUGUAAACCCCAUCAUUGGAGACGUCAGGAAGCUCUUCUGGUCUCCCAUGAAAGUGAAUGACAUCCGAUGGAACUUUGAGAAGUUUCUCAUCACCGCCGAUGGAGUUCCUUACAAACGGUAUGAUCUUCAUUGUCCGUUUGGAGAGGUGGAGAACGAUAUUGCAGCACUCCUGCAGGGAAUCCAUCCAUCAUAAUCACAUCCAUAACCCUUCACCUCAGUCCAACAUCCAUUCAGACUACAUAGACUUCAGAAAUGUGCCUUACAAUGAGUCUGUCAUAUUGAUGAAGAACUGCUUAAAGAAUUAGUUCACCCAAAACUGAAAACUCACCCAUGUGUUCCACCAAAGAAAUAAAGUCAUACAGGUUUGGAACAACUUGUGGGUGAAUUAACUAUGACAGUAUUUUCAUUUUUGGGUAAACUAUUCAAAGUCUAUGCUCCACAGCCAGACUCAUCAAAUUGGAUUCCAAACUUCUCAGAAUUCCAGAACUCUGCCAAGUCAAUCUGUUGUUCAUCUCGGAUGUGGAGCUCAGACAUUAGGGAUCUACAGAAAGGUUUUAGGUUGUGAUUCAGGUUAAACCAGCACCUGUCUUCUCUCCAAAGUGCUGUCAGUGUCUCUUUCUCAGUGAGGUGGCGGAAUGACGAUCCCUCAGGAAAUGCCGUUUGGCAGCUGAGCUGGAUCUGAUGUUGGGCGAGCAGAUCUGAUCUUCUGUGCAUUCACACAGAUCUCCUCCUGACCCAAGACCACCUACUGAGAGCAGAGAGCAUCUGAGAAACCUUACUGAUGUCACUGUUACCAUGACACCUGACACUAGCAGACGCUAGCAAUAACCAUAAGCAAACCGCCAAGGCCUCAAGCCCCUUGGAUGAAGACACACACAUGAACACACACACAUACAACACACCAUAGAUAAGACACACAUACGCACACACAUAGUCACAACAAAUAUUGAAACUCAAUCCCUUUCUCUCCACUUUGAAUUUGACUCUGUGAAACGCACGCCGUCUGUGAAGCUAAAUAAAGACGAAUACCAUUU